AUGACAGAUCCACACAGUAGUAGUGGCAAAGGGAGCGCGUCGACGACGGCGACCACAUCCAGACCCAUCACUACUCAAAAGCGACCUCGACUGGGCUACCUACGGUCUGCCUGGACAACUACUGAUUUGUACUAUGCUAGCAGUUUCAAUUCGACAUUAUCAAAAGCAUCAUCCAUAGUAGAAGACCAAGACGAAGAUCAAGACCAAGACCAAGAAGCAGAAGAAGAAGAAGAGGAGGAGGAGGAAGAGGACUUUUACAAUAUCAAAUUACCAUCGAUCCAAUUACACGAUUACGAAGACGAAACAGCACAAGAACAAGAAAAGGACGAAAUUAUACAAGAGAUAUUUCGAAUGAUCACUGUAGCCAACGUACUGUGUUUAUCAGGCUCCAUUGUCGAAUGCGGAUUCGUGAUGCGCGGUAUGCCUGCUUCGUUGAAUGAAGUGAUACAGCACUAUCAGGAUUGGAUGCCUUACGCUAUUUUACCGUUGUAUACCUUGUGGUGGUUGUUCAUGAUACUCGUCCUCAAGAAUCGCACCGAGCACCUCCGUCAAUAUCUGAAUUGGACACAAGCCAGUGCCAUUGUCAUGGCCUCCACCAACUUCAUGUUACCCACACAACGCUUCUACCCACUGUUUCAGCAGCAAUUUCACACCUUGUUUGUAGCCCUCGCUAUUCUCGCUUCCUUCAUCUUUGCCUUUGCGAAACGUAUCCUGAUGGCCAAUGAACUCAAACAGGAAAGACUGAAAUCAAGAGUGACAAGAGAGCAUGCCAAGUUGCAAGACUACCUCGAUCAACGCACCCUGGAGUUCAGCCAUCACCGCUUGGCUUUUUUAAACACGGUAUCCCAAGAAAUUCAAGAUGUAGCCUUGAUGGUGAUUACAACCUUGGAGCAGUUCUCGCCAGCUUCGAUUUUAUCCACUACGCAUGAACUGUUGAGCGCUUGUUCUCUAGCUGUACCCAUUGCUAGUAUAUCCGCUAUCAACACCACCAUUCGGCAAGUGUGUCAUGUCAGCUCUCACUUGCAAUUGUUGUCGAAAUUGACGGUGCAAGCGUGGACUUCUACUACCACUGCUGCAGCGGGAAGAACAGCUUCAUUGCAGUUGCCUGAAUUAAACAAGGUUGAAUUUGAUAUUGGGGAGCUACUGCAAAACAUUGGUGACGCUCUAGCUGGUGUGGCUUCCAAGCUGGAUGUCAACUUUGUCAUUUAUCAUUGUGAUAAUAGUUUGCACCAUACGUUGGUGAUUGGUGAUGAAGGUGCUAUUCGACAUGCUUUGCUGAAUCAUCUUCGAAAUGUCCUUGAAUGUUGCACUCCUGGUGCCUGUAUCGAAGUUGGACUCAAUGUCACAGACACUGCCAAAGACGACGAAUGCACUAUUACAUUUUACAUUACACACACCAGCUCGCCUGCUAUUCGCAACGCCAGUGCAGCCUUAUUACCCAACGCCAAUCUUACUGCGCAACUGUUGCAAUACAUCCAUGCUCAGCGUACCGUAUCUGACGACUCUGCGGAUGACAGCACUACACAAGACACUAGUAAUCAGACCAAGUUUGAUUUCUCAUUUGAUCUUGCACGAGGCAGUAAUAACAACAGCAGCAAAAAAGACAACAACAAAAUGUUCAUUACCAAGGACAGCUAUUUGCUUAAAAACCACUAUGCCAACAUCAAGUUUGCCAAUGAACCCAGCUUGAAAGAUUUAGCGAAAUUCAUUGAGCAUUUAAAGGAGUUGAAAAUGGUGUUGCAUGCACCUGAACAGAGUAUCUUUGCAAAGCACCUCACCAGUUGCCUUGCAAGCUGGAAUACGGACAUCAGCCACGUCCCUGUCGCUCAGCGUACAACCGCGAAUAUGGGUAUGGAUGGUUCUGUUGUGGAUUCAAGCUCGUCUGCUUCUUCCUCUUGUGUCUCAUCAACUGCUACAACACCACUGGUUGAUCCAGCUGCCAAUGCACCACCACCACAACAGCAGCCUGUGCAUUCUCGUCAACCCAGCACACCACCUGUACCUUCACCUGCCAUUGAAGAAGAGCAUAUUCAUUCUAUUCCACCGGCCUUCAUUUUGAUUGACGAUGAUAUUGCUACAUUGGAAAACAAAUUAGCCGAAUUCAGGUCCCAACCUGCUGCUUCAGCCAACGUCUUGCAAGCACAUCAUGGAGGUCGUCGAGCAGCAGCAGCGGCAGCGGCCGCGGCCGGCCAUCACCACCCUCAUCACCACCCUCAUCACAGCAAGAAAUCAUCCACUUCCAGCCCUCAAAACUUUUUCCACCAAGGCACUACGGCCAUCAUCCAUUUCACCAGUCUCACCAAAUACAAGGCAGUGCGAGAUACCAUCCAAUAUUAUGCCUUUUUACCUUCCAGAGACCCAUUCAGUAUGCCUCGCGUGGUAGUCGUACCCAAACCUGCAGGUCCCAGGCGAUUCUUGACAGCGUUGCAUACAGCCUGGCAUAAUUCAGUUGUGGAGCCUCAUUUCUCGGCCAUUGCCACCUCUCCUUCAAGUCCUAUGCCUCCUGUGAUUUCCAUGUUGGUCCAACGAGAAAUGGCCGCCGCAGCUCAAAAGGGUUAUGCCAGUGUCACUUCGCCAAAUGAAGCUAGUAGUAGAAUGUCUCCCAACGACAUUUCUCCUGGCAGUAAUGGUCAUCGAUCCAACACUAGAAGACCUCUCAGCGGUUUGUUCAGCCCUCCUGCUAACUUACCGCCAUCAUCAUCAUCGGCUACUGCUGCACCUUCAUCAUCGCCAUCAAUGCCUCCCCCAGCAAAUAGUGAUACUUACUUUACAUCUCAGCAACAACAAGAUCAGCAAUUGACCACGCCUCCGCUUCAUGCAACCACCAGUGCUAGUAAUUCAAGACGCAAAUCAGCCAAUGCACAACAAGAACAGGAUUAUCUGACUGCAAAAUCAACAGCGCCUCUGAUGAACGCAUUGGGUGUUGUAUCCACAUCCACUACUUCCCCUGCUGCUGCCAUUGCUGCUGCUAGUAUUGCGGCUGCUGCUGCUGCUGCUGCUGCUGCAGAAGUAGAGAAUGAACAUGUGGCCAUGGAUAGCCAUAGCAGCGGACUGUCGUCAAAUACAUUGGAUACCAUCAGCACUGAAUCACCUGCAGUCGGCUUACCUGUUGCUGUCGAUAACAUGAUGACGGAUAGUGCGAAUCCAGAAGAUCAAGCAUCAAACAUGACAGCAACAGCAGAGAACACAGAUCUUGGCAAUAGCAACACCAUCACUGCAGAGACUGCAAAACCGAAAAAGAUACUCUCCAAGACAAUGACCAACUUUAAGCUGAAUAAAAAGAAAAAGAAGGCCAAGGGAACACCAUUUACUGAUGUCGUGAGUCCCCCCAUCAAUGUGCUUAUUGUGGAAGACAACAUUAUCAAUCAGGCUAUUUUAUCUGCUUGGAUGAAGAAGCACAAGAUCAAGUUUUCAGUGGCUAGCAAUGGUAAAGAAGCAGUGGAUAAAUGGAAGUCAGGUGGAUUCCAUUUGAUUUUGAUGGAUAUUCAACUACCUGUCAUGAAUGGUAUCGAAGCUACCAAGAUGAUUCGUAGCAUUGAAAAAGAACAGCAGAUUGGUGUUUUGCCCAUGUCUUCUUCCUUCUUGAGACAGCAGCAACAACAGGAGCAACAAUUGCAACAAGAGCCUCUGGAAGUAGUUGCAGCAGCAGCUGUUAUUGCUUCUGCAGCAGUCAACGAGAUCAAGUUACAAGAAUCCACCUCCUCCUCCAACAACAACUCUCCCAAAAACGAAGAGAAGCCCUCUAUUUUCCGAUCCCCGGUGAUCAUCGUGGCAUUGACAGCCUCCUCACUUGAAUCUGAUCGACAUGCAGCACUCGCAGCAGGAUGCAAUGAUUUUCUUACAAAACCCGUCAGUCUGGAAUGGCUUGAAAAGAAGAUUAUCGAAUGGGGUUGUAUGCAGGCAUUGAUUGAUUUUGAAGGCUGGCGAAGAUGGAAGCGAAACACCAACUCAUCAGAUGAAAAGAUCAAGCUCACACCAGCAGCAGGUGUCAACAACACGACAGUGAACAAUGAACAAUUUGAAGCAGAAAGGAAGCGUAUUGAAGCAUUAGCCAAAAAGAAAAAUGUGCCUGGCGUGUUGUUACCUGGCGUAAGCAACUUGACUAAAAAUGCGAGAAGAUCUACUGUUGUCAGCCAGAUGGACGAUACCAAAAGAAGAAAAAGACCUAGUUUGAAACCCUCAAAAAGUGAUUCGGAUACCCAGCAUGUGUCGUCCCGCAUGACAAAGCGCAAUCAUCACAAUACCAAAAGUCAAAGCGAGACCACCACCACCACCACCACCACUAUAGCGGCAGCAGCAGGUUCUGUACCCCUGAAUAGGUCAAGAUCGACUUCCAGAGAGAAAAAUUUCGAUAAUGACAGUUGA